CUGCUAACAAGAGCGUGCUCUCAACGUCAACUGAGGCUUCAAACGCCAACUCUUUUUUGGUUCCACAAUAAUUGCGCUCUCCAACUCCACCCCAAAAAAAAAAAAAAAAAAAAACAAAAAACAAAAACUUCACCGGAGAAAAAGUACCGGAUCCAAGUUCUCAACUGGGUAGGUCUGUUAAUUGAGAUCUCAGGAGCAAAAACACAAUUCACAGGUUUGUGGAUCGAUAAGGUUUCUGUUGCCGACAAGUUCAAAGCUCAAUAGCAAAAGCACUGUUGGUGGGAAAGUCCUCCACAAGUUGUAGUUCAAAGCUUAAUAGCAAAAGCUAAUGAGUUCCUGACAAGCACUCGAGUGCUUGGAAUUUCGACAUGCAUGUUCUUUGUUGAGGAAUCGAAAACAUUGGAGGAAUUUUUUUAGUGGGGUUUUCAUUUUAUCAAGGAAAAGUAGCGAUCUUGGUGAUUUUUUAGUGGAUGGAGAUGAGUGGCUUUAGGCCGGAAUUACAUGUAGCACAGCAAAGCAGGCGAGAUAAGUUGAGAGUUCAUCAAACUUCGAGCCCACCUCACCAUUUAGAUUCUGAAAAAUUACCAAUCCACCCGGGACUAAACCCAGAUAUUGUUCAAGUUCGGAAUGUGAGAAAUGCCAAUUUGCUCUAUGAUCCGACUGUGUUUUCCUCCGAGAUGCUCAAUUUUUCGAUAAACACGAAUGCGUUGUCGGGUCAAGGUUCUGGUGAGUCUGAGAAUUUUGGUAACUGGAGGAGUCUUAAUCCACCUCAAAGCUUAGAUUGGGUGACAAAUUACACAAGUGGUUCAGUGGGUAGUGGAAGUAAUAAUCAGAACCACAUGUUUGGUAGUAGGGAAGCAAACAAUAACAUGUCUCCAUCCACACCACAUUUAUUGAAGCCUAGUAGUUUCCAUGGGUAUCAAGAUGUGCAGUCUAGUUUGGCUAACCAGUCUGCUGAGAUUUCUAGCCAUCAUGUUAGCCAAAAGCACUUGGGAACGAUGCAUUUUUCUUCUCCUCCACUAAAUUACCUUAAUACCCUCCAGGAUGUUGUCACUUCAGCUUCUACAGGCGCCCAGGACCAGCUAGAAAUGGCUUCACUUGUGCAGCAAAGAAUCAUGGAAAAUGAACUUGUUCUUCUUCCAAGCUAUGUGAAUCAGUCGAACGCAUUACGCUUUGAUAAUGCUAGUAGUAAUUCUUGGAUGAAUCGGCAGCCUGUCGAGAAUCGCCAUCACUGGAGUAGUGGUGGUGGAAUGGGUUUUAGUACUGCUAAAAAUGUUGAUGAAGACAUGAGGAAUGGGAUGAGUAAUGAUUCCAAUCAGCAAGGGCUUUCUCUCUCACUGUCAUCAAAUCCACCAUCUAAUAAUAAACUGCCUGGGGCUCAAUUUGGGUCUCAAGAUUUACAUGCAAGCUCUCAUGAUGAUCAUGCUUUUAAGGAUGUUCAAAGUCCGAAAACCGGGAAAUCUUCUGCGGAUUACUUAUGUUCCAUAACAAAGCCAUCUAUAAUUAGCAAAGCUUGUGGAAAGUCUCUUCAAGACAUUGUAGGGACUUCUACUAGCGCUUGUCGAAGCACCGGUCCUCUUGGUCCUUUCACUGGUUAUGCAACUAUUUUGAAGAGCUCCAAGUUCUUGAAACCAGCCCAACAGCUAUUGGAUGAAUUCUGUAGAAAUAGUGAUUCAAAGCUAACCAAAACACGUGAGGCAUCUGAGAGGAUGUCUGGAGAUGUCAGUGCUUCUGCUUCAGUUUCGGUUUCUACUGAUGCUGCUAAUGCAGUUGAAACUGAAGCAGUGACUAAGGGUAACAAUUCUGGUGCUUCUUCUUCUACGUUUUACGGUUCAAAUGAAAUUACCAGUGAUGGUGGAGCUGCAAGCAUAUCUUCUGGGUCCUUUGGGCCUGAGUACCAACAAAAGAAAGCAAAGCUUCUUUAUAUGCAGGAGGAGGUUUGCAGAAGGUACAAGCAAUAUCAUCAACAAAUGCAAAUGGUGGUCUCUUCCUUCGAGUCGGUUGCCGGUCUAAGUUCUGCCACACCUUACAUAUCCAUGGCUCUCAGUACAGUGUCAAGACACUUCAGGUGUCUCACGAAUGCCAUCAAAGACCAGCUUAAGCACAUAAGGAAAGCUUUGGGAGAAGAAUAUUUGUCAUCAGCUAUAACUACUGGUACUACUGGGUGCAGUAGUAGUAAAGGGGAUAAAAACUUAGCCAAGCUAAAGUUCAUGGGCCUCGGCUUCCAAAAGCAUAAUAAAUCUGGUGGUGGGGCCCAUCUGGGUUUCUCUGAACCCCAACAACACGUCUGGAGGCCCCAGAGAGGCCUACCUGAACGUUCAGUGGCCAUUCUUAGAGCUUGGCUCUUUGAACAUUUUCUUCAUCCGUAUCCCACGGACACAGAUAAGCACAUGUUAGCCACUCAAACGGGUCUAUCUAGAAACCAGGUGUCCAACUGGUUCAUAAACGCCAGAGUGCGUGUUUGGAAGCCCAUGGUGGAAGAAAUACACAUGCUUGAGACUAGAGGAGGCUCUGUCGAAGCGAGCCAAGAUACCACCAAGAAGGAUGGAAAUUCUUUAACUGAAGGUACCAGCAGCAGACCAGACACCGAGCACCAGCUUGGCAUAAAUAAUAUGAUGCAUGAUAGACAAUUGGAAUGCUCAGGAGAUGAAGAACAGCAAUAUCAGGAGAUCAAGAGGUCCAGAAUAGAGGGUCAAGUUCCAUCAAGCAUGGACGGUGGAUUGAUGGGGUUUGUCCCGUACCAGCGAAGCGGGCUUGAGGUUGGGGGACUCGGCGCCGUGUCCCUUACGUUGGGUCUAAGACAUGGGGUGGAAAGUGCCCAACAACAGCAUCAACAACAAUUGCAGCAACAGGAGGAUCAGCUUCGGCGGCAACUUGGAAGUCAAAUGAUUCGUGAUUUUGUGGGUUAAUUUAGAAAGUAGCAGAAAAUAAGAGAUGAAGGUAUAGCUCCGCUCGCUAAUUAUCCGUGCUUCCAUUUUGGUAGAUCAUGUAAAAAACUAAUAUAUAUAUAGUGGUGGAUUAGCCAUCAGGUGGGUAAAAUUGGUGAGGAUUAAAGCUUGUGACAUAGAGGCAGGGAGUGUAUCUUGAAUGGAAUUUGGAGGAGGUUAGGUUUUCGUAACGUACCAUUCUGUUGAUCAAGUGAUUUGUGGUAGAAUGCUCACUGUUGAAAAUUUGGCGACAGGUUGUGAACAUAUUUUGUCACAUGGAAAGUUGUAUGUCUGACAAAAGUAAACGCAUAGAAACAAGUGAAAACAAAAAAAGAGGUUAAAUUUGUUCCA